AUGACAGCCGCGCCCUCGUCGUCGCCAUCGUGGUCAUCCUCUUCUCGGACCCCGUCGCCCUCCUUCCGCGGCAGCAAGAGCAAGGGCCUGGGCAAGUGGGACGAGGAAGCGCAAGCCCGCGCAUCCGGUAGCGUCGGCAAGCAGAUCCUCCAGCGCUACCUGACCCACCUCUAUCCUAAGGCGAGCCGGGAGGUGUGGUCCCAUGACGAAGAGGAGGUUCUUUGGCGUGCGCAGAAGGAGUACGGCAACGCGUGGAGCUACAUCUCCAGCCUCUUGCCAGGGCGGUCGGAAAAUGCGGUCAAGAACCACUGGUACACGCAGAUGCGCAUGUUCAUCGGGCAGAGAGGCAACAACCCUUCCAGCUCGAAGCCUUGCCCACCGUCCUCCUCGAGGGGAGCCGCAGCCAAGGCGGUAGGCAACAAGGGCGGCAGUCGGCAACAGCGGCGAAGGUCCGACGACGCCAAGAUCGAUCCUGCGGCCAUGCAGCAGCAACAGCAACAGUACUUUCCCGCUAGCGCAUCCGCUCAGGCGGAGGCAGAGGCGGAGGCGGCGGCGGCAACAGCGGCAGUCGCCAACACCACCGCCGCCGCCAAAGCGGAAGACGUCAACGAGGAGAAGCUGGCUCGCGCAGACGCGGUCGCGGCUCUCGGCAUGCUGUUUUCGCAGGGCCCCUCCGGUCGCGUUGCCGCUGCUGCUGCGGCGGCGGCGUCCUCCUACCCCGGAGCGGCAGACGGUAGAUGA